CCCGGCUGAGGAAAAUGGCCGAUGUAGAGAUGGAUAUCGCGUCUAGCAGAAUGAAUAACGGGAACGAGCACGUGUAAGACAUUUUAGAAGAUUAGACAGUCAUGCAACUUAUUUCUAGUACUUUCACCGGAUUCAGUGCUUUUGGCAAGUCGACGUUGUCGUCGGUGUAUCUGUGUUCUGCAGCGUUGAAACAAUAUCGGGCUAGCUAUCUAGAGCUAGCCUGCUAACUCUUUAGCUAUCACAGUGUUCGAAAGGGUUUGCUGACAUGUUUAAAUGUUUUCUAUAGCUAAACCAUACCAUAAACCAAUCAAACCAUAGUGUCAUAACAUGCGACUUAACAUUCUAGUUAACUCGCUAACUAUCUGGCUAGCAAUGCCUAUUGCAUAAGUAGUUAAGAAGCUAACGUAGCAAGCUAGCCAUUGUUUGCUACAGUAGCAAGCUAGCGCGUUAGUUAGCGGUCAACUAAGUAGCUAGCUGACUUGGCGGUCAAGUCGGGAAGUAAGGAUAGCUAGCUAGCUAGCCAGCUAGCACGUUAAAGCUUUGUUUGCUGUGUUGUUAAGUCAUGUUUUGGACAAUUCAUGUUGUAGCUAGCCACGUUUUUAAAAAAUGGUUUGGUUUAAAUUAUAUUUUACCAAUCUUUGUACCUUAGGAAAGAAGAUUUGGAGAGCCAUGACAAGAGUGGGAGUGAGGAGGAGAGUGGUGAUAAUUCAGAAGAAGAGCGGGAGGAGAAAGAGGUCGGAGAGGGGGAAGCUGAAACUAACGGAGAAAAGACAGCAAAGGUGUCCAAACAUCACAGCAGUGGCAGCAAACACAAGAAGAAGAAACACAAACACCGCAGCAAGCACAAAAAACACAAGCACACGUCCGAAGAGGACAAGGACCGAAAGCGCAAACAUCGACACAAACACAAGAAACACAAACGUAAAGAUGGCUCCUCUUCAUCCGCCCCUGGCAUCAACAGCGCCUCCAGCCAGAGAAAGACUCACAUCUCCCCUUCAUCUGACGACAAGGCCUUAUUGGAGGAGUUGGAGAAACAGAGGGCCAUGAUUAAAGCCGAGCUGGACAGCCAGGUGAUGGAGGGGGGCAAGGUGCAAUCCGGCAUGGGCCUCAUCCUACAGGGUUAUAACUCUGGCUCUGAAGAGGGAGACGGAGAGGGCAGGGUCCGGAACGGGGAGCAGCGUCCGAGGGGCAGCAUGGGGAAACCCCCUUCCCCCAGGGGUAGGAGUGGUAAAGCCAGACGGGACUCCACAGAAGCCGGCAAGUCCAGCUCUAAGCGCCACAGUCGGAGCAAGUCCAAGGAGAGGACAGGCAAGGAAUCCAAGUCGGACAAAACAACCAAAGGCAGCAAAGACGUGGCCGCCAAAGGCCGUGGCCGCAGCAAAUCAAAAGAGAGGAAACGUUCCCAGAGCGGGGGCAGGUCCAAAGAGAGAAACAAGAAGUCUCCUUCCCCUGCCAGCAGGAGAGCAGAGCAGAGGGGUGGCCGCUCGGACAAACGCUCUUCGCCCCAGCCUAACGACAGAUCAAACACGGAGCAUGGCGGUCGGAGGUCCAGAUCACGGGAGCGUCCAGGUCGGUCGGAGUCAGAAAGAGAGCGGGACAAGAGGCCGACCAAGUCCCCUUCCAAGGAUGCUUCAUCAGGGAAAGAGAACCGCUCUCCCCACAGGCGAGGAGGAGGAGUGCCCAUUAGCCCCCAGAGGAGACGCAGCGCCUCCCCACGCCCCACCAGAGACUCCCAACAGGCAUCCGCUUCAGCCUCCACCUCCAAACAGGGCUCUCCUUCCAGAGCAGCCAGGUCCCCAGCAAGGAGAGGCCGCAGUCGCUCCCCAGAUGCCAGGAGGAGGGAUGCUGACCGACAGGGCUCCUCACCACUCCGGUCCGUUUACUAUGCAUUAACCUGCAGUCCACCCCCUAUUUCCACCCCUUUUAUUGUCCCAUACUGAACAACGGUAGUGGUCUGUACAUGGCAUGGGCAACUAUUUGAGGGCACAUACUUAACGUUUUAGGAUGGGGCAUUAAGAAUGUGCUGCUAUCCACCACUGAUGUUCUAAACUUUAUUCUCUCUCCCACAGAAAGCGAAUACGCCCAGAAGCAGGGCCAGGGGGUAGAGCGAGGUCACGGGAGACCAGCCCCAGAGGUGCUCCCCAACGUCGCAGGAUGAGCCGCUCACCCUUCAGAAGAAGGUCCCCCUCGCCCUUCCGGAGACGGAGCAGGUCUCCAAUGAGACGCAGGUGAGACGGGACUAGCUGAAACUUGAGUGGAUGUGCUGGGCCAAAUGGAAUCUGCAGGGGCUUCCUCAAGCCUCCAGAAAUUAAGAUGAUGCCUGUAAAUAAUUACUUUUGCAACAGCUAUUGGGGAUCCUAAUAAAAUACCAAGUAGUAAUAGUAUAAUACUGUAUUACUUUUACAGAUACUGGACCUGUAUAUAGCUAGUUACAAUUAUUGUCAUUAAAUAGGCAGGCAAUGCUGUCAUGGUAGUGAUAAGAUUGGUUCCUUACAGAUUCUGUCUGGUUCUAGUUUAUGAAGCUUUGGUGAUGUCAGAGUAUGAGGCUCAUAGGCCAAGGUUGUCUAAGUAUUUCCUUUGUUGUGCGCUGCAGGUCGCCGGAGAGGGACAGAUACGGCCGUCUCCGACAGUACGGACGGCGCUCCAACUCCCGUGACCGGGACAGGAGGAGGAGACAUGGCCGGGACGAGGACAAGUUCAAGGGCAGCCUCUCUGAGGGCAUGAAGGCCGACAAGGAGUCCUCCGAGGAGGAAGUGUGAGUAGAGGGUGAACACUCACACACAGACAAAUGCUACACUGCAAUAUGGUAAUUCUCUGGGUGAUUGUGUGUUUUUGUAAGUGGGUUUAUUUUGUUACCAGGCUUGAGGACUUUGACGGUGAGGAGGUGGAUGAAGAGGCCAUUAUAGAGCAGCGCCGGCAGCAGCGCCUGGCUAUCGUCCAGGUCAGUUCCCCGUCCCUCAUCCAGGGCUCCAGACUAAAAUUUUCCCCUGGUGGCACUGGUGCCACAAACAUUUUCAGUUGGUGGCACCAGCCCAUGAUUUGGUCGCACCCAAAAUAAAUUGUGGCUUCACGCAAUAGAAAAAAUAAGUAAUCACUUAUAAAGUAAUUCACAGUGCUUUAUUAAGAGGUGUAAUAGACUACUAAGACGGUAUUGGAGAAAUAAGUUGUUUCAUCUAACACGUCCAUGCAGGAAUGCAUGAUUCAAGAUAUUUUGAUGUGCAACCUAAUCCAGUGAUUUUCAUGAGUUAUAUAUUUUACUGUUAAAACAGGGCUCCAGAAUUGUAUUUUGUUCAAUAGAGAUGAAUUUGACUACAUCUUUAUGUGCACUAAAUAUCAUAGGCUAAUUUAUUUGGUUUUAAUUGACCACUUGAGUAAGUGGAAACUCAAAUGCAUUAGCUAGAUUGCUAACUCUAAACAUAAUGGGUGUCCACAGGUCCUUAAAAAUGUGUAGUCUUCAAUUAAUUUCUCAUUUACAGGCCUUAAGUUUUAAAAUGUCUUAAAUUCAGUUUGCAAAGGUCUUAAAAAAUGCAACGGCGAUGACUACAGUGUUUCCGUUAUAUUGUGCCGGCGCUGCUUAAUUGUUGCCACCGCGGCAGAAAAAACAUCAAAUACUACUCGAGACACACUUUCAAGAUUUUCAAGAGCUAUCCAUCCAUGUGCACCUCUGUGUAUGCACAUUAGGGCUGACCCCAUUUAGUUGACUGUUUGGUCGAUAGGCUGUUGGUCGACAUAAUUUUUUUGUUGAGCAGUUGCACACAACAACACAAAAGUUUUAUGGCACGUGUUGAUUGAUGCAUGUCUCAGUGUACUAAUCCAUUGCGGAGGCCAUGGGGUUGGCUCACCAGUAGUACAUUUAUUGUUAAUUCCCAUCAUUUUUAAUCUACAACGUUUGUUUGGUUACAGUAAUUACAGUUCUUGUUGUCGGAGUGGACACGUUGUUUGCAGAGUGCACAACCUAGGUUACACUUGUGAGAAACGAGUUUUGGUUUAUUUGAUUCCAUUUACGAGUUGUCAAUUUAUUCAUUGUGUUUUGUUUGGAGCGCUCCUGUCAGUGUUGAGUAAGGACACGCACCUGAUUACGCAUAGAAGUAGGCCUAGGCUACCUGGCCUGCGCGCAAAUAUAGGCUUAUAAAUGUGCCCAUUUGUGGAUCUGAUAGUAUUUCUGAUUGGCUUAACUCACCACCACUAAUGAGAUGUGGAGCUUCUCAAAGUAAUUAUUUAUUCACCUCAAACAGCAAGUAAACAAAGUAUGUUGUGCAUCCAUUGAGAAUGACAAUAGUUCCUCAAUGUAGCCUAUUAGAAAAAUCUUUCCAGCUCUCUCCCUUUCGAUAACCACUCGGCGUGAAAGUUUUUUAAUAAUCAUGCUCUGAUCCGGUGGAAACAUCAUAAAAUAGGCCUACCUGAUUACUUCUUAUCCCUUGCGCGAAUAGCCUACAGCUAUGUGGUUCGGGAAACUCUGAAGGUCCAGAAUAUUUUAUACAAUGUUGCAAGUUUGUUAUUGCAAGCUUGGGGCUGGACCUGGUUGAUACAAUGUUUCAAGUUCCUUGCAGACAGGCCAUACAUAGCCAAUGUGAUUUAUUUUUAUCAGGAUAUGUUCUACCUGAAGGCUGCAAUGUUUUUAUUUGUUGGCUUUAUGUAGGCUAUUUUUACAUAGAUGGCAAUAGAAGUUACUUUUAGAUUUGUAUAAUUUUGAUUUAGAUCAUGAUUUUCAUGACAAUGAUUUUGAGAUACGACAACUUUAUUAUAAAAUAAAUGAAACUGUUCCACGAAAAUGUGCAUAUGAAAAUCAUAACUGGCACGCAGAUUGGUAUAAAUGGUAAGAUAAAUUGGCACUCCAAAUGGAAAAGGUUGCCGAUCCCUGGUGUAGCCUAUUACUGGCAACUUCGGGAGUGUAAUGGCAGAAUCUGCAAAGGCCCGGAGCAGUGGGAGGAGGUGGUUCGGGACAGAUUUCUUUAUUCUGGUUAGGCUAUCUUGAUCUCUGGCUCUCUUGAGUCAUUUGUGUCUUCAUUAUUUAAUCACAGUGUGCUUAAAACGUAAGACAAGCUUAGUAGCCUACAUAUAGUUGAUUUUAUUAAAACACAUAGGGUGUGUGUAUAUAUGGAAAAAUACACAUUUUAGAAUUUCAACCAGUCGAUUGGUCGAAAGAACAGAUGACUCUUGGUCGACCAAGAUUCAUUUUAGUCGGGGACAGCCCUAGUGCACAUCAUGUGCUUGUGACAGUGCGAGUCAGCCCGUUACCAAUUUGAUAGACAACAACACUAACUGGGGCGAUAAACCGAAAGUGACAGACACCGCUCCUGACGAUUUUCUGGGUUCUAAAACCAUUAUUUGGUCAACAGUAUUGUGCAUUAACUUGCUUCCUGCAAUGAAAGUAUCUGCCCUGUCCCUGUUUUGCUGCUGGCUCUCAUUCCCACUCCCCCCUUUGCACACGGAGUGAAGGGAGAGAUGCAUUCUGAUAAGCGCAACCAUACUGACAGUUGAGCAACAUUACGAAAUGUAGGCUAAAUCUAAUUUUAUUUGUCACAUGCGCCGAAUACAACAGGUGUGGACUUUACCGUGAAAUGCUUACUUACGAGCCCAUUCCCAACAAUGCAGAGUUAAAAAGUAAGAAAAAUAUGCUAAAAAUAAAUAAAUAUAGUAACAAUAAAAUAACGAGGCUAUAUGCAAGGAGUACAUGUAAAAAUGUUAUAAAUUGAUUUGCAUUUUAAUGAGGGAAAUAAGUAUUUGACCCCCUCUCAAUCAGAAAGAUUUCUGGCUCCCAGGUGUCUUUUAUAUAGGUAACGAGCUGAGAUUAGGAGCACACUCUUAAAGGGAGUGCUCCUAAUCUCAGCUUGUUACCUGUAUAAAAGACACCUGUCCACAGAAGCAAUCAAUCAGAUUCCAAACUCUCCACCAUGGCCAAGACCAAAGAGCUCUCCAAGGAUGUCAGGGACAAGAUUGUAGACCUACACAAGGCUGGAAUGGGCUACAAGACCAUCGCCAAGCAGCUUGGUGAGAAGGUGACAACAGUUGGUGCGAUUAUUCGCAAAUGGAAGAAACACAAAAUAACUGUCAAUCUCCCUCGGCCUGGGGCUCCAUGCAAGAUCUCACCUCGUGGAGUUGCAAUGAUCAUGAGAACGGUGAGGAAUCAGCCCAGAACUACACGGGAGGAUCUUGUCAAUGAUCUCAAGGCAGCUGGGACCAUAGUCACCAAGAAAACAAUUGGUAACACACUAAGCCGUGAAGGACUGAAAUCCUGCAGCGCCCGCAAGGUCCCCCUGCUCAAGAAAGCACAUAUACAUGCCUGUCUGAAGUUUGCCAAUGAACAUCUGAAUGAUUCAGAGGAGAACUGGGUGAAAGUGUUGUGGUCAGAUGAGACCAAAAUGGAGCUCUUUGGCAUCAAAAUUCUGAACACUUAGUGUUUUUUUAUCUAGCUAAUGAUUAGCCCUUUGUGGUAGCCUAAACAAAUGCAGAUGGGCAACCCCAUGCUUCAGUCAUAUAUAGCCUAGCCACUAUACUACUACACACGUUCGGCCCCAGGAGAAUGCUCAAUGUUAAAAUAGCACACCUGCCUGCUAAUAUGAGCCAUGUAGGCUAUAGACUUGGGAAAAUACGAAUUUUUGGAGAGGAAUAUUAGCAGGUGUGUGGCGCGCGCAGACCUCAAAAUUGGUAUGAAAUGGCAUUCCAAGUGGCAUUAAAGGUCGUCUUAAAUUAAACUUCAUGGAACCUGCAGAUACCCUGAUUAAUCUAAUCUCUACAGGAAAAUAUGACGUUUGGAGUGAGGUGACCGUGUAGAAUGAGUAGCUCACAUAGAUGCGACCAAAUACAAGUUGUUCAGCCAAGUCAACAGGUCGCAAAAUGAGACUAAAUGGUUGAAGUCUGGAGCCCUGCUCAUCACAUGUGCUGUUGAACUGUCCAUAGCUGUUGCAGGGAUCCCCAGCCCAGUAUUUAAUAUUUGGCUACUACUCCAAGAUAGGACGUUUUCUGAUUUGCCUUUUCAUUAUUGAAAUUGACCCACUUUGAAACCAAUAUCUUAUUUUUCCUUACUUACAUUGUUGUGACCACUCUAUGCCUGACACUUCCUCUCUCUCUCCCUGUGCAGAAAUACCGUGGCGGCAACGAGGACAGCAUGGCGUCCAUGGCGUCGGAGCCCAGCAGCCCCCAGAGCAGCACACGGAGCCGCUCACCCUCGCCAGACGACGUCCUGGAGCGCGUGGCGGCCGACGUCAAGGAGUACGAGCUGGAGAACCUGGACACGUUUGAGGAGAACAUCAAGGCCAAGCAAGGCCUCAUCACGCAGGAGAAGGACGGUGAGUUAAAGGGAUUCAGUCAGGGAGAAAAGAAAGUAGUGCACUAUAUACGGAAUAGGGUGCCAUUUGGUCUGCUCUGUAUUGUCGUCUCAAGAUAUUCCAUAGCUCAUGAUAUGCAAUGUACAAUCUGGGUGGGUCAACUUGGUGAUUAGGUUUUUAUGUAUUUUUAUUUAAUUUUGAAGUUUACAGGUGUUCUUUCUUAACACAGGUUGUUUGCUGUAUGUGCCCGCAUUAGCUGUAACUGUGGCCAUGUCUAGACUUAACAGUUCAUACAGCUUCAGUAUUCUGAUCAUAGAGUUCUGAUCAUGGAAUUCCGAAUGCGUCAUGCAUCUACAACUAUAUUUAAAUGUGCCUACCGUGUCCACAGUGUGUCCAGAUUCCCUUUUCCCGCGCUAUAUUCAAAUGCCAGUAUGCAUUCUACAAACAGUGGAAUAGGCUAUAUAGGAUAACACAACAAAAACUGAUGGCAGUAGCUAACUACUGUAACCUCUAGCUAGCUAGCAAGCAACGCUAAAGGGAUUGCAAAUGGGUUAGCAUAACUCUAGCCAAACAUAAAAAAAAAAAAGAUAUACAGUGGGGAGAACAAGUAUUUGAUACACUGCAGAUUUUGCAGGUUUUCCUACUUACAAAGCAUGUAGAGGUCUGUAAUUUUUAUCAUAGGUACACUUCAACUGUGAGAGACAGAAUCUAAAACAAAAAUCCAGAAAAUCACAUUGUAUGAUUUUUAAGUAAUUAAUUUGCAUUUUAUUGCAUGACAUAAGUAUUUGAUCACCUACCAACCAGUAAGAAUUCCGGCUCUCACAGACCUGUUAGUUUUUCUUUAAGAAGCCUCCUGUUCUCCACUCAUUACCUGUAUUAACUGCACCUGUUUGAACUCGUUACCUGUAUAAAAGACACCUGUCCACACACUCAAUCAAACAGACUCCAACCUCUCCACAAUGGCCAAGACCAGAGAGCUGUGUAAGGACAUAAGGGAUAAAAUUGUAAACCUGCAGAAGGCUGGGAUGGGCUACAGGACAAUAGGCAAGCAGCUUGGUGAGAAGGCAACAACUGUUGGCACAAUUAUUAGAAAAUGGAAGAAGUUCAAGAUGAUGGUCAAUCACCCUCGGUCUGGGGCUCCAUGCAAGAUCUCACCUCGUGGGGCAUCAAUGAUCAUGAGGAAGGUGAGGGAUCAGCCCAGAACUACACGGCAGGACCUGGUCAAUGACCUGAAGAGAGCUGGGACCACAGUCUCAAAGAAAACCAUUAGUAACACACUACGCCGUCAUGGAUUAAAAUCCUACAGCACACGCAAGGUCCCCCUGCUCAAGCCAGCGCAUGUCCAGGCCUGUCUGAAGUUUGCCAAUGACCAUCUGGAUGAUCCAGAGGAGGAAUGGAAGAAGGUCAUGUGGUCUGAUGAGACAAAAAUAGAGCUUUUUGGUCUAAACUCCACUCGCCGUGUUUGGAGGAAGAAGAAGGAUGAGUACAACCCCAAGAACACCAUCCCAACCGUGAAGCAUGGAGGUGGAAACAUCAUUCUUUGGGGAUGCUUUUCUGCAAAGGGGACAGGACGACUGCACCGUAUUGAGGGGAGGAUGGAUGGGGCCAUGUAUCGCGAGAUCUUGGCCAACAACCUCCUUCCCUCAGUAAGAGCAUUGAAGAUUGGUCGUGGCUGGGUCUUCCAGCAUGACAACGACCCGAAACACACAGCCAGGGCAACUAAGGAGUGGCUCCGUAAGAAGCAUCUCAAGGUCCUGGAGUGGCCUAGCCAGUCUCCAGACCUGAACCCAAUAGAAAAUCUUUGGAGGGAGCUGAAAGUCCGUAUUGCCCAGCGACAGCCCCGAAACCUGAAGGAUCUGGAGAAGGUCUGUAUGGAGGAGUGGGCCAAAAAUCCCUGCUGCAGUGUGUGUAAACAUGGUCAAGACCUACAGGAAACGUAUGAUCUCUGUAACAAAGGUUUCUGUACCAAAUAUUAAGUUCUGCUUUUCUGAUGUAUCAAAUACUUAUGGCAUGCAAUAAAAUGCAAAUUAAUCAGUUAAAAAUCAUACAAUUUGAUUUUCCGGAUUUUUGUUUUAGAUUCUCUCUCACAGUUGAAGUGUACCUAUGAUAAAAAUUACAGACCUCUACAUGCUUUGUAAGUAGGAAAACCUGCAAGAUCGGCAGUGUAUCAAAUACUUGUUCUCCCCACUGUGUGUGUGUGUGUAUAUAUAUAUAUAUAUAUAUAUAUAUAUAUAUAUAUAUAUAUAUAUAUAUAUAUAUAUAUAUAUAUAUUAUUUAUUAACUAGCUGGCUAGCAUUUGAGGCAGCAAACACGUUCCUCACACGCUAGGAAAAUGUUUCCUCAAAUGUUAUAAUGAAAAGCACAAGUUUUCUGGAGACUUGUGGGAGAAGUGCUGAUGACGUUGCCCACUGUAUGCGCUUUCGGUAGCCUGAUUGCAUCCAGGCUGAGGAGAAAUCUACACACAAUGCAUCCCCUUGUUGUGAAAUUGUUAGAUAUUACUUGUUAGAUAUUACUGCACUGUCGGAGCUAGAAGCACAAGCAUUUCGCUACACCUGCAAUAACAUCUGCUAAACACAUGUAUGUGACCAAUAAAAUAUGAUUUGAUUUGACCACCGCCUAAAGUGGUCAGCCAGAUCUGAACACAAUCGGACCACAAAGUGACUUUUGUGCAUCUAGACCAGUCUUUUCAAUGCGAUCUUCGCAUUCUGAUAGCUGAAGUCACAUGUACAGUGCAUUCGGAAAGUAUUCAGACCCCUUGACUUUUUCCACAUUUUGUUACGUUACAGCUUUAUUCUAAAAUUGAUUAAAUAUUUUUUCCCAUCAUCUAAACACAAUACCCCAUAAUGACAAAGCGAAAACUAAAAUAUCUAAUUUACAUAAGUAUUCAGACCAUUUACUCAGUACUUUGUAGAUGCACCUUUGGCAGCAAUUACAGCCUCAAGUCUUCUUGGGUAUACGGUACAAGCUUGGCACACCUGUAUUUGGGGUGUUUCUCCCAUUCUUCUCUGCAGAUCCUCUCAAGCUCUGUCAGGUUGGAUGGGGAGUGUCGCUGCACAGCUAUUUUCAGGUCUCUCCAGGGAUGUUAGAUCGGGUUCAGGUCCGGGCUCUGGCUGGGCCACUCAAGGACAUUCAGAGACUUGUCCCAAAGCCACUCCUGCGUUGUCUUGGCUGUGUGCUUAGGGUCGUUGUCCUGUUGGAAGGUGAACCUUCACCGCAGUCUGAGGUCCUGAGCGCUCUGGAGCAGGUUUUCAUCAAGAAUCUCUCUGUACUUUGCUCUGUUCAUCUUUCCCUCGAUCCUGACUAGUCUCUCAGUCCCUGCCACUGAAAAACAUCCCCACAGCAUGAUGCUGCCACCGCCAAGCUUCACCAUAGGGAUGGUGCCAGGUUUCUUCCAGACGUGAUGCCUGGCAUUCAGGCGAAAGAGUUAGAUCUUGGUUUCAUCAGACCAGAGAAUCUUGUUUUUCACGGUCAGAGUCCUUUAGGUGCCUUUUGGCAAACUCUAAGCGGGCUGUCAUGUGCCUUUUUACUGAGAAGUGGCUUCCAUCUGGCCACUGUACCAUAAAGGCCUGAUUGUUGGAGUGAUGUAGAGAUGGUUGUCCUUCUGGAAGGUUCUCCUUUCUCCACAGAGGAACUUUGGAGCUCUGUCAGAGUGACUUUCGGGUUCUUGGUCACCUCCCUGACCAUGGCCCUUCUCCCCGAUUGCUCAGUUUGGCCAGGCGGCCAGCUCUAGGAAGAGUCUUGGUGGUUCCAGACUUCAUCCAUUUAAGAAUGCUGGAGGCCACUGUGUUCUUGGGGACCUUCAAUGCUGUAGAAAUGUUUUGGUACCCUUCCCCAGAUCUGUGCCUUGACACAAUCCUGUCUCGGAGCUCUAUGGACAAUUCCUUCGACCUCAUGGCUUGGUUUGUGCUCUGAUAUGCACUGUCAACUGUGGGACCUUAUAUAGACAGGUGUGUGCCUUUCCAAAUCAUGUCCAAUCAAUUGAAUUUACCACAGGUGGACUCCAAUCAAGUUGUAGAAACAUCUCAAGGAUGAUCAAUGGAAACAGGAUGCACCUGAGAUCAAUUUCGAGUAUCAUAGCAAAGGGUCUGAAUACUUAUGUAAAAAAGGUAUUUCCAUUUUUUUAUUUUGUAUACAUUUGCAAAAAAUUCAAGAAACCUGUUUUUGCUUUGUCAUUAUGGGGUAUUGUGUGUAGAUUGAGGGGGGGGGGGAUGAUCAAUUUUAGAAUAAGGAUGUAACGUAACAAAAUGUGGAAUGCUUUCCGAAUGUACUGUAAGUGUCAAGUGUAGACACGACCUGUGUGGCAGAAUGGACUGUGUAGUCUGUCAUGUUUCCUCCCUUCCCCUUACUCCAGGGCCCCUCUUAUAGGGUGUGCUGGCAUUGACAGGGGAUACAGUGCAAUGGCUCUCUCUCCUCAUGUUUGACACUGUUGGCUCGUGGGGCUUGGGAGAAAGUUGCAAUGUGGUGACGUUACACAUAUUACUACCAUUGACCAAAUGCAGAGUGGUAAAUUAGUCUUUGGUUCCCAAGUGGUCAUUAAUUCGCAUUCAUUUCAUGUCAUAUUUUUAGCCCAAAACGUGUGCCAGUUGAAGCAUGUUUCCCUUAAGUGUACUAAAUCUGUCUCGUUUCCUCCCUGUUUCUGUCAGGACCCAAAAAGCCCUCGGCCCCUGAUAUGUUUACAGAAUCGGACGUCAUGUUUGAAGCAGCCAUUGAUGUAAGUCUUACAGGAGCCUCACUCCCCUCCACUGAUCUCCAACCAUGUUUAUAUCUCUGAUCUUUAGAGUGCAGCUUGGACUAAACAUGCAAGCCCAUCUUCUGAGUGAUCUGUCUGUGGCAGUAGGUCAGUAUGCGAGUGUGGUUGAAUGUUUGGUCAUGUUGUGGUUGAACUGUUGGUCGUCUGUCUCUGUACAGAGUGCCAGGAUGAGAGCAGCAGGUGUCGGGGGGAAGGACUUCAAAGAGAACCCCAACCUCCGGGACAACUGGACCGACGCAGAGGGUUACUACCGUAAGUGCCCUUGACUGGACACACUAUUACAAAUGUUACUGCCAUUCACUAAUUAAUCAAUGAAAGGCUGCUGAGCUUUUCUCUCUCAAAAUUAUCCAUGUUUGGAAACAGUCCAUGUAGUCUUAGAGUAUUCUGCUGUGUAUGAGUGCAGUCCUUUGAUUUCACUAUUGGUCAAUAGUGUUAUUUGAGGCCUAGUAACUGGAUAUCUCAUUGAGAAAUGCCCAAACUUUCUAAACAUGCCCCUCAUGUCUUCCUACUGUGUGUUAGGUGUGAACAUCGGGGAGACGCUGGACAAGCGCUACGAUGUGUACGGCUACACAGGCCAGGGAAUGUUCAGCAACGUGAUCAGGGGCAGGGACACGGCCCGCGCCGGACAGGAUGUGGCCGUCAAGAUCAUCCGCAACAACGAACUCAUGUAGGUCCUCAGGCCUCAGGCAGGCAGCCUCAGGACUCAAAUGGCACCCCAUUCCCUAUAUAGUGCAUUACUUUUGACCAGCACUCUUGACCAGGGCUCUGGUCAUAAAUAGUGAACUAUGAAGGUAUGUAAGAUGAAUGCACUAAUUGUUAGUCGCUCUGGAUAAGAGUGUCUGUUAAAGGACAAAAAUGUAGGGAGUAGGGAGCCAUUUGGGAUGCAUCCUUAGUCUUUUUUUCGUUUAUGGUUAGGGGAACAUAUUGCCUUCACCCACCCAUACAUUUGAAUGUGCCCUCUCAUUAGAAGUAUUCUAGCUACCUCUAUGUGGAUCGUCCAGGGCUUUUUUGGAAAAGAGAUAUUUACCUCAAUAAAACCUACCUGGAUAAAUAAACUAAUAGAUGCUGACCUUGCUGAUUGUGUUUUGGGUCUCCAGGCAGAAGACUGGCCUGAAGGAGCUGGAGUUCCUCAAGAGGCUCAACGACGCCGACCCAGAUGACAAGUUCCACUGCUUGCGCCUCUUCAGACACUUCUACCACAAGCAGCACCUGUGUCUGGUGUUUGAGCCCCUCAGGUACUAACUGGGAGACUACCACUACUGCACUGUCACCACACUAUGGCUACGUCGGGAAAUGGCAGCCUAUUCCCUACAUAGUGCACUACUAGUCAAAAUGUGUGCACUACAGGGAAUAGGGUGUUAUGUCCUCAGUGGCAGUAUACACCGCAAUGUGUUUGUCAUCUAGCGCACUGCUUCUCUGGCUCUAACUCAUGUCUCUCUGUGAAAUCUCCUCCUCAGUAUGAACCUGCGCGAGGUGCUGAAGAAGUACGGUAAGGACGUGGGCCUCCACAUCAAGGCUGUCCGUUCCUACACCCAGCAGCUCUUCCUGGCCCUCAAGCUCCUCAAACGCUGCAGCAUCCUCCACGCUGACAUCAAGCCGGACAACAUCCUGGUACGAGGCCCAUACUAUCAUUAUCAUCACAUGACUGUUACAACUGCACUGAGGCCGGGUCGUGUUCAAAGGCACAAAAUGGAGAAAGCGGACUGAAACUGGGAGGGACUACCUGGUUUCGUCCAAUAAUAACCACUUGUUUUCGCUUUGCAUUGAGAUCUUUUAAAAAGCGUUUUGCUAUGCUGUGCCCUAAUGAAUAAAACCCUGGCCUGAUAGUCCCGUCUAACAGAGUGUCUGUUUCUCUCUCUCCCCCACAAGGUGAACGAGUCGAAGACCAUCCUGAAACUCUGCGAUUUUGGCUCUGCAUCCCACGUGGCGGACAACGACAUCACGCCGUACCUCGUCAGCAGAUUCUACAGAGCUCCAGAAAUCAGUACAUUUUACUUUGAGAUCGUUUGUUGAUUAUAACGGUUUAGCUGUAAUAAAGGUCUCUGAUGGAUCACACUCCUCAUGAUGUCUCUCUCUGUCACAGUCAUUGGGAAGCCGUACGACUACAGCAUAGACAUGUGGUCGGUGGGCUGCACGCUGUACGAACUCUACACCGGCAAGAUCCUGUUCCCCGGCUCCUCCAACAACCACAUGAUUAAACUGGCAAUGGACCUCAAGGGCAAGAUGCCCAACAAGGUAAACUGUUCACAUUACUGGACUUGGCUGGUCUCUCCUAGCGUUAGUCUCUCUCAAAGUUAGAUUCUCUCUAAAAGUUAGAUUUUGACAGGAAGUCAUAACCUGGGGCAUUGUUCACUGCUGUAACAUACAGAUGAUGUAAUGUUUCUUAUUUUGUUCUCAGAUGAUCCGGAAAGGCCUGUUCAAAGACCAGCACUUUGAUCAGAACCUCAACUUCCUCUACAUUGAAGUAGACAAAGUAACCGAAAGGGUUCGUAUAUGUUCUACAUUUCACCUGCUCAGUUGUCGGGAAACUAUCUAAGAAAUGAGGCAGAACUGAAAAACUGUGGUCACUCUAAGGCUCUUUGUCUAGGAUGAACUGAAAAGCCUGUGGUCAUUCUGAGGCUCUUUGUUUUAACCGUGUGACCGGGUUACUCUGAAGCAACGAGAAACAAUACAGGUCUAUCUGUUCCUGAAGUUUUAUCUCCAUCCCAUGUCCUUGACAUACCCAGACCAGCUGCAGGGAGCUAGAGGGGACCCCCCUUAUGAAAAGCACAGCAUUGGUAGUUAAGAAAUGUUUCUACUAUUGUUAAGAAUAUUAAUAGUUAACUAUUAAUAUUAAACAAUUCAGGCAAAUACGUGUAUUGCCCAACAGAUCCCCAGGACCACAUGUAUGUAAAAUGUAUACUUAAAAGUGUCUGCUAAAUGGCAUAUAUAUACACAGUCAAUGUCUGGACACACCUACUCAUUCCAGGGUUUUUCUUUAUUUUUACUAUUUUCUACAUUGUAGAAUAAUAGGGAAGACAUCAAAACUAUGAAAAAACAAAUAUGGAACCAUGUAGUAACCAAAAACGUGUUAAACAAAUCAAACUAUAUUUUAUAUUUGAGAUUCUUCAAAGUAGUCACCCUUUGCCUUGAUGACAGCUUUGCACACUUGGCAUUCUCUCAACCAGCUUCAUGAGGUAGUCACCUGGAAUGCAUUUCAAUUAACAGGUGUGCGUUGUUAUAAGUUAAUUUGUGGAAUUUCUUUCCUUAAUGCGUUUGAGCCAAUCAGUUGUGUUGUGACAAGGUAGGGUUGGUAUACAGAAGAUAGCCCUUUUUGGUAAAAACCAAGUCCAUAUUAUGGCAAGAACAGCUCAAAUAAGUAAAGAGAAACGACAGUCCAUCAUUACUUUAAGACAUGAAGGUCAGUCAAUCCGGAGAAUUUCAAGAACUUUGAAAGUUUCUUCAAGUGCAGUCGCAAAAACCAUCAAGCGCUAUGAUGAACUGUCUCUCAUGAGGACCGCCACAGGAAAGGAAGACCCAGAGUUACCUCUGCUGCAGAGGAUAAGUUCAUUAGAGUUAACUGCACCUCAGAUUGCAGCCCAAAUAAAUGCUUCACAGAGUUCAAGUAACAGACACAUCUCAACAUCAACUGUUCAGAGGAGACUGCGUGAAUCAGGCCUUCAUGGUCAAAUUGUUGCAAAGAAACCACUACUAAAGGACACCAAUAACAAGAAGAGACUUGCUUGGGCCAAGACACACAAGCAAUGGACAUUAGACCGGUGGAAACCUGUCCUUUUGUCUGGAGUCCAAAUUUGAGUUUUGGUUCCAAACGCUGUGUCUUUGUGAGACGCAGUGUAGGUGAACAGAUGAUCUCCGCAUGUGUGGUUACCACCGUGAAGCUUGAAGGAAGAGGUGUGAUGGUGUGGGGGUGCUUUGCUGGUACACUGUCUGUGAUUUAUUUAGAAUUCAAUGCACACUUAACCAGCAUGGUUACCACAGCAUUCUGCAGCGAUACGCCAUCCCAUUUGGUUUGCGCUUAGUGGGACUAUCAUUUGUUUUUCAACAGGACAAUGACCCAAAACACACCUCCAGGCUGUGUUAGGAGUAUUUGACCAAGAAGGAGAGUGAUGGAGUGCUGCAUCAGAUGACCUGGCCUCCACAAUCACCUGACCUCAACCCAAUUGAGAUGGUUUUGGAUGAGUUGGAUUGCAGAGUGAAGGAAAAGCAACCAACAAGUGUCCAGCAUAUGUGGGAACUCCUUCAAGACUGUUGGAAAAGCAUUCCUCAUGAAGCUGGUUGAGCGAAUGCCAAGAGUGUGCAAAGCUGCCAUCAAGGCAGAAUCAAAAAUAUAACGCAUAUAUUUUGAUUUCUUUAACACUAUUUUUAAUUGUUACAUGAUUACAUGUUUUAUUUCAUCGUUUUGAUGUCUUCACUAUUAUUCUACAAUGUGGAAAAUAGUCAAAAUAAAGAAAAACCCUUGAAUGAGUAGGUGUCCACACUUUUGACUGGUACUGUGUAUAUACAGUGGCUUGCGAAAGUUUUCAAGAAAUAAGACAAAAAAACAGAACUUGAGCGUGCAUAACUAUUCACCCCCCCAAAGUCAAUACUUUGUAGAGCCACCUUUUGCAGCAAUUACAGCUGCAAGUCUUUUGGGGUAUGUCUAUAAGCUUGGCACAUCUAGCCACUGGGAUGUUGCCUAUUCUUCAAGGCAAAACUGCUCCAGCUCCUUCAAGUUGGAUGGGUUCCGCUGGUGUACAGCAAUCUUUGUCAUACCACAGAUUCUCAAUUCUCAACAGGCCAUUCCAAGACAUUUAAAUGUUUCCCCUUAAACCACUCGAGUGUUGCUUUAGCAGUAUGCUUAGGGUCAUUGUCCUGCUGGAAGGUGAUCCUCCGUCCCAGUCUCAAAUCUCUGGAAGACUGAAACCGGUUUCCCUCAAGAAUUUCCCUGUAUGAUGCGCCAUCCAUCAUUCCAUCAAUUCUGACCAGUUUCCCAGUCCCUGCCGAUGGAAAAACAUCCCCACAGCAUGAUGCUUCCACCACCAUUCUUCACUGUGGGGAUGGUGUUCUCGGGGUGAUGAGAGGUGUUGGGUUUGCGCCAGAGAUAGCGUUUUCCUUGAUAGCCAAAAAGCUCAAUUUGAGUCUCAUCUGACCAGAGUACCUUCUUCCAUAUGUUUGGGGAGUCUCCCACAUGCCUUUUGGCGAACACCAAACGUGCUUAUUUUUUUCUUUAAGCAAUGGCUUUUUUCUGGCCACUCUUCCGUAAAGCCCAGCUCUGUUGAGUAUAUGGCUUAAAGUGGUCCUAUGGUCAGAGACUCCAAUCUCCGCUUUGCAGCUCCUUCAGGGUUAUCUUUGGUCUCUUUGUUGCCUCUCUGAUUAAUGCCCUCCUUGCCUGGUCCGUGAGUUUUGGUGGGCGGCCCUCUCUUGGCAGGUCUGGUGUGGUGCCAUAUUCUUUCAAUUUUUUUAAUAAUGGAUUUAAUGGUGCUUCGUGGGAUGUUCAAAGUUUAGGAUAUUUUUUUAUAACCCAACCCUGAUCUGUACUUCACCACAACUUUGUCCCUGACCUGUUUGCAAGGCACUGUAUAUGUGUGUGUGUGUGUGUGUGUGUAUAUACAGUCAGGUCCAUAAAUAUUUGGACAUUGACCAAGUUAUUGUUAUUUUAGCUGUCUACCACAGCAUAUUGGAGUUGAAAUUAAAUAAUGAAUAUGAGCUGAAAGUGCAGACUUUCAGCUUUAAUUUGAGGGCAUCCAAAUCAGGUGAACGGUGUAGGAAUUACAGCACUUUUUAUUUGUGGUCCCCCCCUUUUUAAGGGACCAAAAGUAAUUGGACAAUUGGCUGCUCAGCUGUUCCAUGGGCAGGUGUGUUAUUCCCUCAUUAGUUCAUUUACAAGUAAGCAGAUAAAAGGUCUAGAGUUGAUUUCAAGUGUGGCAUUUGCAUUUGGAAUCUGUUGCUAUUAACCCUCAAUAUGAAGUCCAAAGAGCUGUCACUGCCAGUGAACCAAGCCAUCAUUAGACUGAAAAAUCUAAACAAACCCAUCAGAGAGAGAGCAAAAAUAUUAGGUGUGGCCAAAUCAACUAUUUGGUGCAUUCUUAAAAAGAAAGAACGCACUGGUGAGCUCAGGAACACCAAUAGGCACGGAAGACCACGGAAAACAACUGUGGUGGAUGACAGAAUAAUGAUUUCCCUGGUGAAGAAAAACCCCUUCACAACAGUUGGCCAGAUCAAGAACACCCUCCAGGAGGUAGGUGUAUCUGUGUCAGUCAACAAUCAAGAGAAGACUUGUGGUCCUCUGUAGUUCAGCUGGUAGAGCACGGCGCUUGUAACGCCAAGGUAGUGGGUUCGAUCCCCGGGACCACCCAUACACAAAAUGUAUGCACGCAUGACUGUAAGUCGCUUUGGAUAAAAGCGUCUACUAAAUGGCAUAUUAUUAUUAUUAUUAUUAUUAUUAUUAUUAUUAUUAUUAUUAUUAUAAGACUUCACCAGAUAGAGGGUUUACCACAAGAUGUAAACCAUUGGUAAGCCUCAAAAACAGGAAGACCAUAUUUUGCCAAAAAACAUCUAAAAAAGCCUGUACAGUUCUGGAACAACAUCCUAUGGACAGAUGAGACAAAGAUCAACUUGUACCAGAAUGAUGGGAAGAGAAGAGUAUGGAGAAGGGAAGGAACUGCUCAUGAUCCGAAGCAUACCACCUCAUCUGUGAAGCAUGGUGGAGGUAGUGUUAUGGCGUGGGCAUGUAUGGCUGCCAAUGGAAUGGGUUCCCUUGUAUUUAUUGAUGAUGUGACUGCUGACAAAAGCAGCAGGAUGAAUUCUGAAGUGUUUAGGGCUAUAUUAUCUGCCAAAUGCUUAAAAACUCAUUGGACAGCGCUUCACAGUGCAGAUGGACAAUGACCCGAAGCAUACUGCGAAAGCAACCCAAUUAUUUUUUAAGGCAAAGAAGUGGAAUGUUCUGCAAUGGCCAAGUCAAUCACCUGAACUGAAUCCCAUUGAGCAUGCAUUUCACUUGCUGAAUGCAAAACUGAAGGCAAAACGCCCCAAGAACAAGCAGGAACUAAAGACAGCUGCAGUAAAGGCCUGGCAGACCAUCACCAGGGAAGAAACCCAGCAUCUGGUGAUGUCUAUGGGUUCCAGACUUCAGACAGUCUUUGACUGCAAAGGAUUUGCAACCAUGUAUUAAAGCUCACAAUUUAAUUUAUGAUUGUUAGUUUGUCCAAUUACUUUUGAGCCCCUAAAAUUGGAGGGCUAUGUAUAAAAAUGUUUUUAAUUCCUACACGGUUCAUACAAAACCCUUAAAUUAAAGAUGAAAGUCUACACUUAAAGCACAUCUUGAUUGUUUCCUUUCAAAUCCAUUGUGGUGGCGUACAGAGCCAAAAUUAUGCAAAUUGUGUCACUGUCCAAAUACUUAUGGACCUGACUGUGUGUGUAUAUAUUUAUAUAUUUCCCAAUUCUCUCCAUCCACCCACUCCUUCUCCAUCCUCCCCGCACCCCACCUCCCUCCACACACACCACAGGAGAAGGUAACAGUGAUGAGCACCAUCAACCCCACCAAGGACCUGCUGUGUGACAUGGUGGGCGGCCAGCGGCUGCCCGAGGAGCAGAGGAAGAAGGUCCUGGUCCUAAAAGACCUGAUCGACGGCACGCUGAUGCUGGACCCGGCCAAACGCAUCAGCAUCAACCAGGCCCUGCAGCAUCCCUUCAUCCAGGAGAAGAUCUGACCUCAAACCAGCCCAACCAUCAACUAGGCCCUGCAGCAC